AUGUUCGACUACGACGCUCUUUUGCAAUUUAACAGAAAACCUGUAUCGCAAGAAAUGAUUCAAUUCUUAGCUACGUCCACGGCUUCCAUAAUCCAAAUCAGGCAGAACAGUAAUCAGACCCAUGGAUGUCAACUGCCGGAAUUAUUCACCUUCAUUAAAAAAGUGGUCAUCCAGUCAAACGUACAAACGCCAACUUUAAUGGCCACCACGGUUUAUUUAAACAAGUUGAAAAACAUAAUACCAACGAACGUGUAUGGCAUCGAGACCACAAGACAUCGGAUAUUCUUGGGAUGUCUGAUAUUAGCUGCUAAAACUUUGAAUGAUUCAUCCCCUUGGAACAAACACUGGUCCACAUACACAGAAGGUUUGCUCAAAGUACGUGAAGUGAAUACCAUCGAACGGGAACUUUUGGAGUAUUUUAAUUGGGAUGUGAAAAUAACCUCAUCUGAUCUGAUCAACGCUCUGGCCCACUUUCUGGUGCCAAUUAAGGAACAGCUGUCUAGACAGAAAAGACAAGAAGUACUGCUGUUCAAUGCUCCAAGUCCCGGCCGAUUGAAAGAGUAUAUUAAUCAUAGAAGACCAGUUUCGCAUUCUAGAUCUUCUUCUGCUAUGUCAAUUCCUUCGCUGACAUCCAUGGUGACAGUAUCAACUACAGAGUCGAGGUCUUCUGCACUCGCAAAGUUGCUGCCGCCUGUGCCAUUGAUGGUACUUGACAACUUCAAUAAAGAAAAUCAUGCGCCAUCGAAGAAUAGUGGCGAUACACAUCACAAUUUCACUACGUUAUCCCAGAAAAAGGUACAUUCAACAGAUCAUAUAGGCGCAUCAUCAUCACCAUCACCAUUAAACCUACAAACAACUUUGCAUAAACCUACGGUCCAUCAAAGGCUGAAUUUCACUAGGAAAGGCUGGUCAUCCUUUUUCAAGCAGUAA